ACAUCAAAAAUAGCAUAUGUGACUAUUAAUAAUUAAUAGCCGAGGUUAUAAAUUACGAGUUACUCCCUUGUUAGGCAAUCUGAGUAAUGUUAGGUGCCCUAGCUAGUGCCCUACUUAUGGUCUAUAAAUAGUUCUACUUUGGAAGCUUGUAUUCAUCAUAUUCUUGUUUCAUAUCUUUCUAAUCCUGCUUAGUCGCAUACAUUUAAGUAGUUUGAACACUUAAAAUUAAUUACCAAAUGAUGGCGGAACACAAACAAUUUCCUCCGAACGUAUUCAUUGACGUUGAUGAGAUAAGCCAACCUGACACAGAAGAAUACAUAGAAGAGAAGUCGAACAACUCAAAAGUAACUCAGUGGCUAAAGCCAAGAGUUUUGGCAAUGAACGAUGGGUUAGUGUCAACCGCAUCGCUCAUGUUAGGGAUGGGUGCAGUAAGUCAAGACAUGAAUGCAAUGAUACUCACUGGGUUCUUAGGCCUUGUAGCCGGGUCUUGUAGCAUUGCUAUCGCCGAAUACAUCUCCGUUGAUCAAACUACUGAUGAGAAUCGAAGAUCGGAUCCCAUAGGGGCAGCUAUUGCGGCAGCUUCAGCUUUUUCAGUUGGAGCCAUAGUGCCUUUGAUGGUGGUGUUGCUAUUGGAGGACUAUAAGGUCACUCUAGGAGUCGUUGAGGGUCCCAUAAGCGUCAUCCUCGCGCUGUUUGGCUGGAUCGGAGCGUUUUUGGAUCGAGCUCCGGGGUUUAGAGCGGCUUUGAGGGUUUUGUUAUGGGGUUGGGUGGCUAUGGUUGUCACCUUUGGUGUAUUAAUAAACACCGAUUGGUAAUCAUAUACUUUCUACGUAUGUAGUACAUCGUAAAAAUAAGUAAAACAUUGAUCUAUUAUGCGAUUUUAGGUAAUCCAAGUUGUAACUUACGUCAUUUUGAAUAUGCAAGUUUGAUCAAUUCAUAUAUUCUUCGUUA